AUGAAAAAUGCCUCUAAAAAAUAUUAGAAAGUUUAGAAAAUUUUGAUAUUUAAUUGGAAAAAUAACUAAAAAAUUAUUAAGAAUAAUAACAAGUAUUUAAUGAAGAAAUUAAUGCUAGUUUAAUAUGAUAUAUUUAUCAGGUUUUCAAGAUAAAUAAUAGGUUUAAAAAGUGCUAAAUAAUUAGAGAAAAAAAAAAAAUAAAAAAACAUCUAAUAAGAAGAAAAUGAAACCAAAAGCAAAUAAAAAAUGCAUAAAGAAUUUAAAAAUUAUGAUUUAAUUGAAAAUAAUUAGCUUGAAGUCUUUUAAUUGACGAUUCAUCUUCAAUAGUCUCAAUGGCAUGAGUUAUUACUUUGCAUUUUAAUCAUCCCAAGUUAUUUCAAUAUUCAAUAGUCUUUAAGAUUGGCCUAGACUUAUUCAAUGAUUUUUAAACAUGUGCUUUAUGCUGACCAAUUAAGAAUAGUUAUUCCUUAUUGUUGA